UCGCCCCAUUGUUCCUGGAUCAUUGUUCCAGGAUCAUUGUGGUGGAUCUUUGUUGGACUCAGCUGCUCCGGACAUGGCACCAAAAAAGGCGAAGAAGCGCACGGCCGAAGGAGCCAACUCCAACGUGUUCUCCAUGUUUGAACAGGCGCAGAUCCAGGAGUUUAAAGAGGCGUUCACCAUCAUGGACCAGAACAGAGACGGAUUCAUCGACAAGAACGACCUGAGGGACACGUUCGCCGCGCUCGGGCGUCUGAACGUGAAGCAGGAGGAGAUCGACGAGAUGCUCAAAGAGGCUCCAGGUCCCAUCAACUUCACCGUGUUCCUCACCAUGUUCGGGGAGAAACUCAAAGGGGCGGACCCGGAGGAGACCAUCCUGAACGCCUUUAAAGUCUUCGACCCAGAAGGAAAAGGAGUUUUACGGAAAGACUAUGUGACUCAGAUGUUGACGACUCAGGCCGACAGGUUCUCCUCUGAAGAGAUGGAGCAGAUGUUCGCCGCGUUUCCUCCAGACGUGGCUGGAAACCUGGACUACAAGAACCUGGUGCACAUCAUCACCCACGGAGAGGAGAAGGACCAGGAGUAAACCUGAGCCCGGACCUGAGCCCGGACCUGAGCCCGGACCUGAGCCCGGACCUGACCGGACCUGAGCCCGACCUGGACCAGAACUAGACCUGAGACGAGGACUAGACCAGGACUGACACCAGAGACCCAAAGAACUGUCCCUUCUGAAACGCCCGACCCAAACUUAGGAUGGAACAGAAAGACCUGGUCUAGUUCUGGUUGAGUUCUGCUUUAGUCCUGGUUGAGUCCUGGUUGAGUCCUGGUUGAGUCCUGGUUGAGUCCUGGUUUAGACCUGGUUUAGUCCUGGUUUUGACCUGGUUUAGUCCUGGUUUAGUCCUGGUUUAGGC